CACUGGGGCACGAGGCGCUCCCUGGGAUCACAUGGUACCUGCUCCAGUGCCGCGUGCGGCCCGGGAACCCUGGGCUGUUGGCGCCUGCGCAGAGCCCUCUGUCCCAGGGAAAGGCUCGGGCAAAAGGCGGCUGAGAUAGGCAGAGUGAAAUAUUGCUGCCGAGGGAACGUAGCAGGGCACACGUCUCCUCUUCGCGCCUGGGUGCCCCGUUUCUCCCAUCACCUACUUACUGCCUGAUUGCAACUCUCUCCCUCUGGGACUUUUGCACCGGGAGCUCCAGAUUCGCUAUCCUGCAGUGCUGCGGAGCUUUCAGGCAGUACCAGCCGGUGCACUGCAGAGACCCGACCCUCCUUGAUACCUUCUAGCCAGAGCUACUGCAGGCUGAUUCCCCCCCGCCCCCCACCCCGACACUCCCUGCCCUUCCCAUGCAAAGCAGAUCUCCGUUGCCUCGGCGUCCUACCCUUCUGCAGAGCUGCAGUCCGGCCACCCCAAGACCUGGCUGCGGGGUGCCUCGAGUCCUGAUCGUGAGCCGCGGGGUCCACUUGCCGCCCUCAGCCAGUGCCCAGGGGGCGAGAGCGACAGUCGCAACCUCCCGUUUGUGUCCAGGUCCAGUUUGAAUGAGCACUCUCAGCCGGUGAAGACAUGACGACCCUGGACUCCAACAACAACACAGGUGGCGUCAUCACCUACAUUGGCUCCAGUGGCUCUUCCCCGAGCCGCACCAGCCCAGAGUCCCUCUACAGUGACAACUCCAAUGGCAGCUUCCAGUCCCUAACGCAAGGUUGCCCUGCCUACUUCCCACCAUCACCCACUGGCUCCCUCACCCAGGACCCAGCUCGCUCCUUUGGGAGCAUUCCACCCAGUCUCAGUGAUGAUGGCUCCCCUUCUUCAUCUUCCUCCUCCUCCUCUUCCUCCUCUUCCUUCUAUAAUGGGAGUCCCCCAGGGAAUCUACAAGUGGCCAUGGAGGACAGCAGCCGAGUGUCCCCGAGCAAGAGCACCAGCAAUAUCACCAAGUUGAAUGGCAUGGUGCUACUGUGCAAAGUGUGUGGGGACGUGGCUUCUGGCUUCCACUAUGGUGUGCAUGCCUGUGAGGGCUGCAAGGGCUUUUUCCGUAGGAGCAUCCAGCAGAACAUCCAGUAUAAAAGAUGUCUGAAAAAUGAGAACUGUUCCAUUGUCCGCAUCAACCGCAACCGCUGCCAGCAAUGUCGCUUCAAGAAGUGUCUCUCCGUGGGCAUGUCUCGAGAUGCUGUACGUUUUGGGCGUAUCCCCAAACGAGAGAAGCAGCGGAUGCUCGCUGAGAUGCAGAGUGCCAUGAACCUGGCCAACAACCAGCUGAGCAGCCAGUGCCCCUUGGAGACCUCGUCGACCCAGCACCCCACCUCAGGCCCUAUGGGCCCCUCACCACCUCCUGCUCCAGCCCCCUCACCCUUGGUGGGCUUUUCUCAGUUCCCACAGCAGCUCACACCACCCAGAUCCCCCAGCCCUGAGCCCACCAUGGAGGAUGUGAUAUCCCAGGUGGCCAGGGCCCAUCGAGAGAUCUUCACUUAUGCCCAUGACAAACUGGGCACUUCACCUAGCAACUUCAAUGCCAACCAUACAUCUGGAAGCCCUGCAGCCACCACCCCACACCGCUGGGAGAGUCCUGGCUGCCCUCCUGCUCCCAAUGACAAUAACACCUUGGCUGCCCAGCGUCAUAAUGAGGCUUUGAACGGUCUACACCAGGGCCCCUCCUCCUACCCUCCUGCCUGGCCCCCUGGCCCUACCCACCAUAGCUGCCACCAGCCCAACAGCAAUGGGCACCGGCUAUGCCCCACACACAUGUACUCGGCUCCAGAAGGCGAGGCACCUGCCAAUGGUCCAAGACAAAGCAACUCCAAGAACGUUCUGCUGGCUUGUCCCAUGAAUAUGUAUCCCCACGGACGCAGCGGCCGGACUGUGCAGGAAAUCUGGGAGGACUUUUCUAUGAGCUUCACACCUGCUGUGCGGGAGGUGGUAGAAUUUGCAAAGCACAUCCCUGGCUUCCGUGACCUUUCUCAGCAUGACCAGGUCACCUUGCUUAAGGCUGGCACUUUUGAGGUGCUAAUGGUGCGCUUUGCAUCGUUGUUCAACGUGAAGGACCAGACAGUGAUGUUCCUGAGCCGCACCACCUACAGCCUGCAGGAGCUGGGCGCCAUGGGCAUGGGAGACCUGCUCAAUGCCAUGUUUGACUUCAGCGAGAAGCUCAACUCCCUGGCGCUGACCGAGGAGGAGCUAGGCCUCUUCACGGCGGUGGUGCUCGUAUCUGCAGACCGCUCGGGCAUGGAGAAUUCCGCUUCGGUGGAGCAGCUCCAGGAGACGCUGCUGCGGGCUCUUCGGGCUCUGGUGCUGAAGAACCGGCCCUCGGAGACUUCCCGCUUCACCAAGCUGCUGCUCAAGCUGCCGGACCUGCGGACCCUGAACAACAUGCAUUCCGAGAAGCUGCUGUCCUUCCGGGUGGACGCCCAGUGACCCGCCCGGCCGGCCUUCUGCCGCUGCCCCCUUGUACAGAAUCGAACUCUGCACUUCUCUCUCCUUUACGAGACGAAAAGGAAAAGCAAACCAGAAUCUUAUUUAUAUUGUUAUAAAAUAUUCCAAGAUGA